AAUCGAUACCAGAAGGGUUACCAGAGCCAGCUGUUAAUAUAUCUGUUAUGGACCAAUGUGAUCAGACAUCCUUGGAAGAUAAGGAAACGAAUGCUUUCUUGAAUGAGGUGCAUAGGAAAAAGGUUAGUGAUGAGAUUAGGCAGAGGAAGCGAGAAAAGAAGCAGAGUGAGCAAGAGACUAGUUUUGGAAAUCUAGGGUUAGUAUCUUGUACCUUAUCAAAGAAGCCCCAAGUUAACGCAUGUAUUCUUGAAAACCGUGAAGAAUCUUCACGAUCAAAGUCAUGUGAUAUGGACGAAUCUGAUCAACAUGACGAAGUUAUUGCAAGUCAUGUGACUUUGAAAACUGUUUCUCAGGAGAAUGAUCAAAUUAAGGCUAAGACAAGUACAUCAGCAAAUGUUGCAUCUCAAUCUAAUCCAACAUCUGAGAUAGUGUCAGCAAAACCUCAAGCCCCUGAUUUCAAGCCUAUCACUUUUGAAGCCAGACCCGAUCCAGAGUUAAUUAUCAAAUCCCCGUGGAGCUCACCAUGCCCUAUUUGCAAUGGAAAACAUGGGAAUUAUGGAUUACAUAGUGAAUGGUAUCGCGAAAAUGGGAAUCAGCUCCCUUAUGAUCCCGAAUUAGCGAAGUUGUAUUCCCAAGAUAAGUUGGAAUAUUGUCUUACCUGCAACACUUCAAGUAAUAAACUCAAAUUAAUCGUAGCAUAG